GACCUUUGGGUCUGCGACUCAGUCGACGUUUCUCCUACACUAAGGACAUUGAUCGAUUUAGUGCUUGUUUUCUUUCUACUUCUUUACGUGUUUUUUUUUUCUUUUUUUGUCACGUAAAACUAGCCAACAAGAAGUUCGAAUCAUGGCUGAAACGGCGCUGGGUGGUCUUGCGGUCAUGACCACCGGACUUGGCGACGAAGCCGAUUUGAGCGUCUUUGAAAACAAGAGCGGAUUGGCCGAAGAUCUCAAAUUUUUGGCUUCCAUGCCUGAGCUGUGUGAUGUGACAUUUUUAGUCGGUGAUACUCGCGAGCCAGUCUGCGCUGUUAAGGCCGUUUUGGCCGCUAGGAGCAGAGUUUUUCAAAAAAUGCUGUACACCACGCCAAGUCCUCAGCGGAAAAAAGAACCGAGCACAGGACCAAACAAAUUACGAUUGUUUCUCAAACGGAGUAGCGAACCUCUGCUAAAUUUACAAAAUCCAACGGAAAAGAGAGGAUAUACCCAACAAUUAGCUUCCAUUCACGAGCCUGCCACGCAUACCCAUCAAACGCUAAUUGCCGAAGAAUUUGAGCCCGACGUUUUCCGGCAACUCAUUGAGUACAUUCACACCGGUUGCGUCACCCUACAGCCUAGAACAUUGCUUGGUGUGAUGAACGCGGCCGAUUAUUACGGACUAGAUGAGCUACGCCGAUCUUGCGUGGGUUUCGUGCAGUGUUGCAUCAACGUAGAUACGGUCUGCGCCCUUUUGGCAUCGGCCGAGCGCUACAUUCAGUACAAGUGCACCAAAUCUCUAGUCCAAAAGGUAUUAGAAUUUGUUGACGAACAUGGGAAUGAAGUAUUGAAUCUGGGAUCGUUCACUUUGUUGCCACAACACGUCGUCCGUCUAGUACUCUGCAGAGACGAACUUAAAGCAGACGAAUUUACGAAAUUUCAGGCUGCCUUGAUGUGGUCGAAAAAGUAUUGCGACAGCAACCCCAACAUCAGCCUCAAAGAAACUUUAUCCAACUUUUUAGAAUUUAUACGAUUUCAUCAAAUUCCAGCCAAUGUCUUAAUGCGGGAAAUCCAUCCAUUGGGACUGGUACCGGAUCAUCUAAUCAUGAACGCGUUAGCUUAUCAGGCUGAUCCCACUUGUGUAGAUCCAGCCAAGUUGUCACCAACACCCCAACGUGGAGGUAGACGGCGCUCACAAGCUCGUUCCAUGUCUGUGCAAUCUUCACUGGAUCCGUACGGAUCAUCCACCACGCUCAAUAGUGAAAGCGCCUCAUCGGAAAUUGAAUCCAGUCCUCGUUUAAGCUCCGAUGGCAGCCGUGGUUCACCAUUGGGUCGACUUUCUAACUAAUUUCUAAUUGUUUCGUUUAUCCUUGUUGUUUUGUAUUUCGUCCAAGACAAUCUAAUUAUUCAUUGAAUGUACCUUUGUAUCCGAGUCUAUACGUAAGUAUACGUUAUUUAAUU